AUGGAUGGGUCUCAUUUAGUUCCCGAAAUAAAGCCUUUGGAGUCGCUAGACCAACUGGAGGACAUUGAUGAUGCGAGUUUAUCAAACAUUCAUGGACAUGGCGAAGGCGACGACGAUGAAGUUGACACAAGUCAUGACACAAGUUUGUCAGAGGGAGGGGAGGGUGGUCAAAAGUCGCCGAAGAAAAGCGGGGUCGGCGUCCGGCGGCAGGAAAAACCGCCAUACUCUUACAUAGCCCUGAUCGUGAUGGCCAUCCAAGCGUCCCCUAACAAGAGGUGCACACUGAGUGAAAUAUAUCAGUUUCUACAACAAAGGUUCCCGUUUUUUCGGGGUUCCUACCAAGGUUGGAAAAACUCCGUCCGCCAUAAUUUGUCUUUAAACGAGUGCUUCAUCAAGCUGCCGAAAGGUCUCGGCCGCCCGGGAAAGGGCCACUACUGGACCAUUGACCCCUCCGCCGAGUUCAUGUUUGAAGAAGGAUCCUUCCGCCGCCGGCCACGCGGAUUCAGGCGAAAGUGUCAGGGACUGAAACCGUUCGGAAUGUUUAACAUGAACGGAAUGGGAUCAUCGCCUUCCAUGCUAACCCCCCAUUAUGAUUUAUUUCAUCAAAAUAAUAUGUCAGCAAUGAAUGUCUCAUACGGCGUCAAUUCCGCCCCUAGCUAUGAUAACUCAUCACUUAUGCCAGCAAACACAGGAUAUCAACAGCCGUCAUACAAUGCCAUGCAGCACCAUACUGCUGCAAAUUUAGCGAGUUGCAGUUUUAACGUAAACGUGAACGUCAACGGACGAUUUGGUCCGAACUGCGCCAUGUCAAAUGGCAUGGCUAACUCAGACUAUCCGUACAUGGCCAACACCAACCAUACACCUUCUUUACAGACGUCAGUAUACGAUAGAGAAAUGGUACCAUCCGCUCUAACAACAAACACAUCUCUGGCGUCCAAUUUACAAAAUCUCUCAUCUCAGUGGACGUCGUCUUCGGCGUCAAUGGCAUCACGUUACGUCAAGCAGCAGCCAAUGAGCCCGACCGGAAGUACGGGCUCGAUCCCGAGCAUGUCCCCCGGAAGUAGCGAGUCGUCGCCCUAUCAGGUUAACAACACACCGACCACAUCAACAGAAGCCAUGGAUCUCGCCCUUGCAGGAAUGCGGCUGCCACACCAACAGUACAGCCAGAGCUCAACUUGUGACCGGAAGCCGUACUUCAACUACGCCCCUAACGUCAUGAACCCCGCCAUCUCACAUUCACCGUACUACGAGAAAUGUGUCAUGUGAUGUCAUCAUUCUACGUGUAUACUCCGUGUUAUGAUGCAAUGUGUAAUGUGACGUCACCACCUGAUGGUCUGGUACAUUACGCAUAAUGCUUAUGUGACGUAUUUUGUAUGACGCUUGACUACGAGAAAUGUGACGUCAGCAUUGUUUACACCGUAAAUUUAUUGAACGAAUUAUGUGAUAACACAUUUUCAUACAAAAAAUAGCCAAGUGUGGUUUUAUUUGCUGCCACCAGAAAUAUGUAUAUGUUGACUCGCGUAACGGAAGGAUUUGCUUAUGGGUUAUCUCGCUCAAAAUGCCGACAUCUCUGCAUUUUCUACAAGAACUAUUUUGUGGGAUAUAAUAAAGUCAGUUAUGAUAUACAGGAAACUCAAUUGGAUUAAAAUAUUAAGCUAUAAUGGGUGCCCUGUUAUUUAAUAGUUUAAUGUAUGUCAAAAAAUA